GAGGGCCGCUGACUUCCCGUACAGUCCCGUACAGUAAAGUGCCUCUUCGUCGCGCGCAGCAGAGUCGUGCCGGGCCGCGGGGCUCCUUCCGUGAAGGCUCCGCGAUGAUCGCCUCGAAUUGGCGUCGCGAGCGUUGAAGUGUGCGUUUAUUUAUCUGUGUUUAUUAUCGAUUUUUUUUUUUAAAAGCGGCGGCGGUGGGCGGUUAGGAGGAAGACUGUGGUGAGGAAGAGAACGCGAGUUCUGUAUGCGGCUCCUCCAUGGCGCUUAGGGAGCUCAAGGUUUGCCUGCUCGGGGAUACCGGGGUGGGCAAGUCGAGCAUCGUGUGCCGCUUCGUUCAGGACAACUUUGAUCCCAACAUCAACCCAACCAUCGGGGCAUCCUUCAUGACCAAGACGAUGCCCCAAGGGAACGAGGUUCACAAGUAUCUCAUCUGGGACACAGCUGGGCAGGAGCGUUUCCGCUCGCUGGCACCCAUGUACUACCGGGGGUCAGCCGCUGCAGUGAUCGUCUAUGACAUCACCAAGGAGGAGUCGUUCCAGAUGCUAAAGUCAUGGGUGCGGGAACUUCGCCAGCACGGGCCCCAGGACAUCAUCGUCGCCAUCGCAGGCAACAAGUGUGACCUGGAUGACAUGAGGGAGGUGUCCGUUCAGGAUGCGCGAGACUACGCCGACUCCAUCGACGCCAUCUUCAUCGAGACGAGCGCCAAGUCGGCCAUCAACAUCUGCGAGAUCUUUGCUCGCAUCAGCGAGCGCGUGCCUCCUGGCAGCCAGGACUCGUCGGAUCGGCCCGGUUUCCAGCUGCGUGGAGCGGGUCAACCGGCGCGGCGCUGCUGCUGACAAAACAGUCGCUCCUCGCCAACUCGCCCGUCCCCAAGGAUCGCCGCAACCCGUGUGUCGGCACGCCCACGCCGUUUGGCUGUGCUGAACUGCGGCUAAGGAUAUAAAUCAGGGGUCAUUUUUCUCCUUACCGAGGGCCGAGUCGGACCUUAAGGUUGCCUUUGGUGGGCCACGCAGUACCACACACGUUUUCGUGGCAUUUGAUAAUGCGAAAAUAUAACUUGCGUGUCGACCUGGAAUAAAGAGAGCUUUGUAGUGGUAGAAGUGACCGAAUUUACUAAAAUAAGGUUGAAAAUCUUCCAUUCUAGUGACUAGAUUAAUUUCAUUAGAGAUGCGUGCAGCAUCGGAUAAAUACCUUGUGGCCAUUUCAAAGUUCUGGGGCCUCGUGGUCAUGGGCCGUGUGAAAUUAGGUUUCCCCACCCCUUCUCCAAGUGAUUGUUCUACAAAAUAAAAAUCAAGAUUCGGUGCUGAUAUAUCAGCCUUUAUUCCAGCAGAGGGCGAUGUGAAUGGUUAUAUAUGCUGCUGGAUAACCGAGCAGUUAGCAUGCUUGCCGUUGACUCAGUAAACUUGAGUUCAAUUCCCACUAAAGCCACCUGGUCAUUAUGAAAUUUUAAAGCAACGUUCUGCUGUAAGAUGGACUAUGAAGAUUUUGUUAGGUUAUUUGAAGGUAUAUGAUAGACUUAUAUUAGCAUCACAUUUCAAAAAUUUACUCUCAGCUAAAUUGUAAAAGGCCUGGCGAGCCUGGAAGUAAGCUUCGCACAGUGUCUCCUGGCAUAGCUUAAGAAUUCAGUGUAUGUUUACUGUAAUAGUUAAUCUCAUUUUCAGGGGUGGCUCGUUCUGUACAAAAUGUCUUAAUUCCUGGAAUUGAUGCUGUGGUGGAUUUGAAAUUGUAUUUUAUUUUUUCUCAUCACUGAACUUGUUCGCUGUUGAUGAAGGCGUACCUCUGCCUAGAAUUUCCUGUUUAGGAAACUGCAAUCGCGUAACUUAGCUGCCGUAAUAUUUAGACAAAUCGUACUCGAUUUGUGUCAGAUUGAAUAGCACAUAUCUACCCUAUUAUUGCUUCCAGUGCAGUAAAUACCAUACUUCACUGCCUAUUUUCCCAUUUGUUUAUUUGCUGCUCCACCUCUCCAAUUUUUCCCCUCGUUUAAAUCUAGACUGAAUACCUGUCUCUUCUCUUAUGCAUAUCAUUGAAUGCUCUAAACCGUCCUUAAUUGUGAUGCAACCCCAACUCCACGUGUGUUUAUCGCAUUAAUUUUGUGUAUAUAUGCUAUAUUUGCGGGUUACUUGUCUUCCUUACCCCAAUCAGAUAAAAACCCCUUCUGAAUCUGUUGUAAUUGUGUGCCGUACAAGAACAUAAUUGUGGCACAUCGCCUGAUUGGCAAAUGGAGGCGGGUUUAACGACAGAUUUAUAUAUUUACGCGGUCUAACCCCCCAAAAAAACCUGUCUUAUGGAGGCCUUGAUGUGACUGACAAAGGGCCUUGGUAGUCUCUGGGUCAGCACACUCACCACACCACUGAACUGGUUUGCAAUUGAAUUUACACUAAAUUUCCCGCUAUAACCGCCAAGUAACUUCUAUGGGACAUUGGCAUUUUCAAAGCCAACUGUACUGAAGUGUGGACAUUAAAUACUUCGUGGCAUGAUUUGUAAGAAUAGCAAAGUGUGUGCCACCAUUGUCAUCCAAAUGUCAUCUUAAAAUGAUAUACAACUAAAUUGCUAAAUAUGAAUAACUUCUCCCUGCGUAAUUAUGAUUUACCAAGAAGGGGUGUUGAAUAGUUAAUUAACUCUGGCACUUCGUUAAAUUAAUGAUUAAUUUCACGAUGUUGCAUCGGAGUGGCCCAGGGUUCUCUGAUGCCGAUUUAAAUCUCUGGCUGUCAGCCACGAUUUCUUGUGUGGAGAGUUUGAUUGGCUCGGUCUGGUCACGAAUUAUAAUGUAAACAUUUGUUUUGCACUUAAUUUACUCAGCCCAGCUCUUAUAAGCUUAUUCAGUAGAUAGGCACGGGGGAAAAAAUGUUGUUUGCACAGCCAAAGAAUGGACAUUGUAGUGUUUGUGUAAGACAAUUGAAGGUUGCCAUGUGGAGGUCAAUGGUCGCACUCUUUCGGGUCAUUCCAUGUGAUGCGCAGCUUUGCUGCCUGUGUGGGGAUUUGAAUUGGAAUUCAAAUAUGUGCUCUGCCUCUGUAGCUGCAACAUGUUUGAAUAUUGCUAUUUUUAUUAAAAAAAGAGCAAACUAAAAUAUA